AUGCUGAAUAUGGUGGAUCAGAAAAAAGGCAUUAAUAAUGGAAGUUCCACUGGAGUGAUUAAUAAUAUAAAUGGAAAAAUAAAAAAUGAAUUUAUAUUUAUGUAUUUAAUAGCUGCAGGUGGCUUUUCAUGUGUUUAUAAAAUUAAAAAAAAAAAAAGCAAUAAAUUUUAUGCAUUAAAAAAAAUAAAAUUUUCAGCCAAUGAAUCUAAUUAUGAAAAAAAGGUAUUAUUAAAUUUAAGAGAAAUAGAAUGCUUAAGAAAAUUAAAAAACCACCCCAAUAUUGUCAGUAUGAAUGAUUUUUGGUUAGAAGUUGUUCAAACCUUAUCAAAAUCGAAAAGGGAAAGGCGAGGAAGAAGAAAAGAACAACAAAGAGAACAAAUGGGAGACAAACGACGUGAAAAAAGACAACAACAACGAAGAGAAAAAAGGAAAGAACAAAAUACAAAUACGAAAAAGAGAGUACUUAUUACCUUAUCUGAUCAUAAAAAAAAAAAAUUAAAACAUUUAAGUUGUCCAGAAAACGCUUUAAAUAUUUCAAACAUAACCAAUAAUGAAAGAAACGUAUUAAAAAAAGAUAAUUGGAAAAAUUUAAUAUUGCUAAAAAAUUUUAAAAAGGAAAAACACAACUAUAAUUUUAAUCAUCAAAUUGAACUAAAUAAAUAUAAUAUAAUGUGUUUGUGGAAAAUUUUGAAUCAAAUGUGUGUGUGCAAAAAUGAAAAAAAAAAUAUUGAAAGUUUAUUGCCUGAACAAUUAAUAAAAAAUUUUAAAAACUUUCUAUUUGAAAAAUAUAUUUUGGCUAUAUAUGAUGACUGUUCAUAUUUAAAUAACAAAAACAAUAAAACAUUCAUUUUUUUUAAUAAUAAUUUAGGAAAUAUUCUACAUUAUUUAUGGUGGAGUUAUUUGGGGAAAAAUGGAAAAGAAAAGAAAAACGAUAUAUUUAAGCUACUUAAAUAUGUUAGUGAUAAUAUUAUAAAGGAUAAUACUAAUUUGUACAAUAUAAUAUUAGAAUUUAGACACAGUUUAAUCGAACUAUCGCGAUUUCCAUCAAACGAAUUAGGAAAUGUAAUACUUAAUAUGCGUAUUCCUCCUAAUGGAAGUUGUGAAUUAUCAGAGUAUAUAUCGAAUAUGGCCAAAAUAAAUAAACUGGAAAUAUAUAGGAAUAAAAAUACUUUGGAAAAGUUUAUAUUUAAAAUAAAUUGUAAUAACUUUGAUGUCUAUAAAAUGUGGAUUAAUUUUAAGAAUGAUAUUAUAUAUGAGGGGAAAGACGUAUAUAAAGAACAUAGAAAAAUUAAUUUAAAACGAAAAAUAAUAAAAAAGAAGGAUAUAUGGAUAAAAGGAAAAAAAGAAAAACAUUUGAAAAAUACCAUAGGAAAUAAAUGUAUUAAAAAAAUAAACAUAUAUUAUGAAAAACCUAUACAUGUAUUUGUUUAUAAAAGUUUAACAUAUAAAAGGCAAAAACAUCACAAGUUAUGGAGAAAGCAUUAUAACAAUAAAAAAAAUUGGAAAUAUUGCCUAAACAAACAUGAAAACUCAAAAAAAUAUAUCUUAUUCAGCAAAAUUUGUAGGCUCAUGAAAACACAAAUGAACAAGUUUAAACGAGAAGAGAAAUUUGAAAAAAAAAAAAAAAUAGCCAUAACGAAUAUCAAAGUUAAUUACAAUGAUUUUGAGCAAGAUAUUUCUUCAUUUAACAUUCAAAUAUAUAAUAAAAAAAACAAAAAUCAAUUAAUAAAUCGAAUAAAAGAACAAUACGAGCAAUUGUCCAUUUCCCUCAAUCCAUAUAAAUUAACUUAUGAAAAUGAAAAUAUAUUACGAUAUAAUGAACAUAACUAUCUAUUCGGACUGAAAAAUGAUAAUGAAAAAGAGAAUAUUUAUAAUGCCAUUUAUUUUCUCAAUUUUUAUAUUUGGAUUAGGAGAGAAAUAAAUGAAUAUGCCAUAAUUAGUAAGAAAAGACAAAUUUGUCAAAAUAGCCGAAAUUAUCAAAGUAAAAAAAAAUUCUACAUUAAGAGACAUAACCAAAAAACAUAUUUUUUUGAAAACAUAAUUUUUUAUCAUUAUAUUAUUAUGCUUUUUUUAGAUAUAGAAAAGUAUAAGAAUAAGUUUGUUAGUCUUUUUCAAUAUAACCUUUAUAGAAAAUUAUUAAAAAUUUCUAAGAGAAUAGUUUUGAUGUUGCAUAGAAUAGAGACAAAUGUGAUUUGUAUAUUUUUAUUGAAGCAUUUUGAAGAUUAUUUUAUUCGCAAAGGAAUUCAUAUUGUUCAGGAUAAAUCAGACAGAAGUAAUAAAGGUGAUGAAAUAGGUAUCCAUAAAAUGGUCAAAAUAUGGAAGAGUAUGAUUGCAAUUUCUCUAAUUUUUGGAAAAAAAAUGUAUAAAAAGAAAAAAAAUAUAUUUAAUUUUUUCAUAGAGUUAUUUUUAAAUAAUAUUCAAAUAAAUAUAUUUAAGAAAUUUGAAAUUUUAUAUCUAAUUAUUUAUUUUUAUAAUUAUUUUGAAAAAUCCAAGCAAUUUGAUAUAGAAGGAAUUGGCGAUAUAAUAUAUGUGUGGUUGUCUCUUAUAAAUUUAUUUUACGAUGAUAAAGGUAAAUGCAUAAAAAUCCUUUCGAAAAUUUUUGCCAAAUUAAAUAAAAAAUUAUAUUAUGUUUAUUGGGGGAAAUUGUACAUAAUAAUGAACUGGACAACUAUUGUUGAUACAAUAUUUAUAAGAAAUGUCUUAAGCAUAAAUAGAGAAGGAAAUUAUUAUUGGGUUAUUAUUGUUUUAAAGAUGAUUAAUUAUUUUGUCAAUGUUGCUUAUACGUUGACAAGAAUGGACAUAUUUUUCAUUAAAGUUAUGAUAAAAUUUUAUACCCGUAUUGGUAGUGCUGCUGCAACGAAUAGUGUAUCAAAAAAUAGUUACAAUGAGAUUUUUAAUAAUAUAUUCACGCUAAAUUUUAUGAACUACAUUAUAUAUAAUUCAUAUUUUGAAAAUGAAAAAAAAAAUUAUGAUAUAUAUACAAAAUAUGCGAUAUUGUUUAUAUAUUGUUUUAUUAUUCAAGCAUAUUAUUUUGAUACUCUUUUUAAUAUCAGGUCUUUAGAAAGUAAUGAAAUUGCGAAUAAUUUAUUCCCAGGUUAUAAUUAUUCAUAUAAAAACAUAUUAUUAUUUUACGAAAGAUUAGGAAGGGUUAUAAAAAAUAGUAAUAAUACUAAGAUAUGUAAAUAUAUGUGGAGAAAAUUUAUUAACAUGUGGAGUAACAGCAUUGUAAUCAAAGAAAAUAUAAUAAGUUGUUUAACGACUUCAAGACAUAUAUAUUUUAAUAUUUUGAUGAACUUUAUGAAAAUAUAUUGUCUCGAUAAUAUUCUUCACAUUAAAAAAAAAAAAAAAAAAAUGAAUACCCCUAUAGUUUUAACUAGUAAAAAUGAUUUAAAAAAAUGGAAAGACUGUGAAUUGACAAAAAAUCCCAAAAGUGUAAAAAAAGGAAUUUUAAUAAAAAAAAAAAAUCGAAAUAAUAAUAAAAAAUAUAAAAAAAAGUUAAAAGAAACACAUUUUAUUUAUAAUAUUAAAAAAGUUUUGUUCAAAAAAUUAGUGAAUAUUAAUAUUGAAACAAUUUUAUAUGAGCAAAAUGGGCAGUGUUAUAUAUUAGUAUUUGGCAGUGUAAUAAAGAAAAAAAAUGGACAAAUCAAAGUAAAGGAUACAAAAAUUGUGCGAGAUAUUAAUAUAAUAAGAGAUUAUAGAAUAUAUUUUUAUAAUUACUUGGAAUAUUUUUAUAAAAAUAAUGCACAUAUUAGCGACAACAUAAAUUUGAUAUAUGCUCGAAAGUGGCCAUAUAAUAAUAAAAAUGCAGUAAAACAAUUUUGCCCUUACUUUGAUAAAAUAAAAGACGGGAACAGAAAAGAUAUUGUUUCAUUAUAUGGAAACAAAAUACUUGUUAAACAAAACUUUUCGAAAAUUGGAAAUAAAAUUAAGAAUAAAAAGAAUAAUUUGUGUAAAAAAAAAAUGAGAACACAAAAAAGUAUAUAUAAUUCAAACUAUUGGAGAGAGAAAAAAGAGAACAAAUUAUUAAAUGGAAAUGUAAAUAUUAUAAAAAAAUAUAAAAGUGAAAAAAUAAAGAAAAAAGAACUUGAAAAUUUUUUUGACAAUAUUGUAUAUUCAAGCGAAAAUGACGACUUUAAAAUUAUUUUUGAAAAUGCUACUAAUAGUAAUGCGUGUAGUACCGUCGAUUUAGCUAGCCCAAAUGAACUAAAUACAAAGAGGAAUAAUAUAAACAAAAAACUCAAAUUUUUCAAACAUAAAAAAAACUCAAAAAAACAAAAGAAUUACAAAAACCACAAAAGUCACAAAAAAAUAUUUUUUAAAAGUGUGAAUAAUGCAAACCGUUUUUUUGUAACCAACGUUGAACCGAAUCCUAUUAUGUCUAACAACCAUCAAAUAGCCGAUUCUAAUGAUAUAUAUAAUAAUUUUUCUAUUCAAAAAAAAUAUGAAUAUAACCAUAAAAAUUGUGGCAAUAUAUAUAAUACAAAAGAUUGUGAUGAAAACGAUUCAUCUUAUAUUUGUUUUCUAAUUAAUGAACAUGAGGGACAAGUUUUAUCCCAUAGACAUAAAGAGUUAUAUAAGAAUAUGCUUGGUAUGGAAAGGGGGAAUAUAUUAUAUCGAGACAACGCUUGUAAGCUGAAAGAUGAUUUUUCUUGUUUACAUGAUCAAUGCGAUAAUAGUAUGAUAAAAGCAUGUGGAACAAAUGAAUUGAUUAAGGAGAGUACUAAAAUAAAAAGGGAAAAUAUGGAUAAAAUUAACAAAAUGAACGAGGUUAACCAACAUAUAUCUUUAGAAACCCUGAAAUAUAAAUGUAGUUUUAAAAAAAUUGAUAAAAAUUUGAUACAAAAUAAGAAAAAAAUAAUAAUCCGAAAAAUAUGUCAAAUUAAUAAAACUUUUUAUUUUAAAUAUAAUAAAAUAAAUGACAAGAAAAGGAUAUAUUUUGAUAGUGUAUUGUGUAAAAGUGAGAGACAUAAAACAUAUAAAAAAAGGAACGAAAAUAUAAAGGUAAUCCUACUUAAAACAUUGAAAGGAGAAAGUAAUGAAUAUGUACUAACCACCUAUUUGACCGAAAUAUAUAGUGAUAAUAUUAAUGAUCCGUUUGAAAAUAGUAGGAAAAAAAUAAAUUCGAAUGAAAUAUUUUAUCAAAAAACAUUUGAUAUGUAUUGUAUUGAGGAUGAAGGGGAAGUUUAUGAGGAGCAAAAGAGAGUGAACAAAAACAAUAAAAAAAAAAAAUAUAUAAAUGAGAUGAUAAAAAUGGACACAAUUCGAACAGAUUUUGAAGAUAAUUUUACAAAUUCAUAUAACAAAAAAUGUAACAUUUUAAAAAUGGCAAGUAAUAUUAACAAUAAAAAUAAUAGUGGAAAAAAAGAAAGAGAUAUUAAAAGACAAUUUUUAAUAACUAAUAAAAAAAAACAUGAAAAUAAUAUUAAAAUUUUUUAUAAUUUAUUUAAAUUGGAGGAAAGCAAUGUAAAUUCAAAUCCCCAAACCAAUCCUUAUUAUGAAACAGUUAUUCAUGAUAAUGAAGAUAAUAUAUUUUAUUGUCUAUAUAAAUAUAUACAACAACAAGUGUAUAGGUAUUGCAAUUGUGAUAUUGAUGAAUAUACUUCAAAUUGUAUUGACAAAAAUGUUAACAAGUGGGAAUGGUAUGGAUUUAUAAAAGAAAAUGAAAACUACGACAAAAUAAAAACAGAAAUAAAUAGUAACUCGUUUUACAAUUGCAGAGAAAAACAUAACAUAUGCAAUAGCUACAAUUCAGUUUAUCAAUUGGAAUUUAGAAAACUAGGAAAUGCUUCUAAGGAAAAAAAUUUUGAAGAAAAAAAAAAAAUUAUAAAAAUCGAAUUUAGGAAAAGUUUCAACAAUUUUAAGCUACCAUCAUUAUUAUGUAUUUUAAAAUGGGACAAUUUUUUUAAACCACAUUUUAUCAUAAGAUGUGAUAAUUUUUUACAUACUUAUAAUAUAUAUUUUGAUUUUUUUAUUUUACUUAUGAAUUUAUUUCAUAAAGGAGAAGGAAGCAAUCUGUAUCGAUUUAACAGUAAUAAGUCUAUUAUAUAUAAUCCUUAUUUAUCUCAUCAAAUUUAUAUGGUUACAAAAUAUUUUAUUUCGAAUGUGCAUAAAAUAAAUAACAAAUUACCCAUUCAUUUGGAAAAUGAUAUACUGGAAAUAUAUUCAUAUAAUAGAUUCUUAACUAUACCAAAUAAAUGCAGUUUUAAAAAUUGUGGAAAUGAUAAUAAUAAUUAUGAUCAGCGGUCUAAAAAGCAUUAUUUCACAAAAUGCGGUAUUUUAAAUACAGAGAAAGUAAAACCGUCAAAAAAACGGCGUAUUGGUUGGGAUGGGCAAAGACAAAGAAAACGAAAAGAUAUAAUAAAUACAUUGAAUGAAGAAAAUCAAAAUAUGUUUUGUAAAAACAAGGAAAAAAAGGAGGAGAAUUAUAAAAAAAUUGAUACAAACAUAUCCCAAUUUAGUGAAAAGAAUCCAGUAUCAAACAUAGAUAAUGAAAAAAAUAAACAAAAUUUUAUAAAAAAUAAAAAAUAUAAAUUUAAUUUAUAUAUACGAAUGGAAUAUUGCAAAGAUACAAUAGAAAAUUACAUCAAUAGAAGAACUCGUAUUAAUAUUAAAAGAAACAUUGAAAUCAUAAAUAUGAUAAUUAUGGGCUUAAAUUAUAUACAUAAUAAUAACAUUAUGCAUAGAGAUUUAAAACCUUCAAAUAUAUUUAUAUCAAACAAUGAUAUUGUUAAAAUAGGUGAUUUUGGUUUAGCUUCAUAUGAUUAUUUGGAUGACCACAAAAUAAAUACAACAAAAGAAGAGGAGAUACAAAAGGAUCUGAUAAUAAAUAAAAACUGUGACAAAAUUUUUUUUUGCAACAAAAAAAAACUGUUUUCAAACUAUAAUUCAGUAUUCCCAUUGGAAAAUGGGCAAAUAAGUGACGUGCAUAAUACUAAAGGCGAUUAUAAUGAAAGUAGUAUAUCGAAAUCGAAGAAAUUUGCCAUUCAAAAUAAAAAUAGAAACCUUCGGAGUUGCAAAAGAAUAUUUCAAUGGUGGAGCACAAUAGGUGAAUUAAAUAUACUUAGUAAAAAUAGGAGAAGAUUAACCAAAUUUAAAAGUGGUAGUAACACCAUUCAUAUAAGAAAAUCCACUUUAGAUGAAAACAUAAUAGUUAGGCAUGCAAAUAAAUGCCAUAAUUUAUCCUUUUCGCAAAAUAGGGAACAUAUUGAUAGGAAUCGAAUGAAAAAAUGUAACAUUAUAAAAAAUCAUAUAAUAAAAUCGAAUAAAUCCGAAAAAAUGAAUAUUUCCAUGAAUGUUUUUUUGAGAUGCACAAAAACAAGACGCUAUUUCACUGAUGAAGAUAAAUCGGUAGAAACGAGAAAAAAAUGUAGUAAAACAAGUGAGGAAGAAAAUGGUAAUAUUUGUGACACAAAAAAAAAAAAAAAUGAUAUCGGGGAAAAAAUGGAUAAAAACAAAAUAGCUGCCCAAAAAAAAAAAAAGAAAAAAGAAAAUAAACACCCUAUAGGAAGACGUAGUACAAAUAGUUCUAUAAGUAGUGCAAUAGUUGUUAAACGGAAUGCUUAUUGUCGAUUAGAAAUUGAAAAAUAUUUCUUGUCUAAAUCUUUUCAAAAUUGUCGUAGUAAUAAAAAAAAAAAAUAUAUAAAUAUAAAAACAAUCAAAAAUAAAUUUUGCUCGGCUUCCAAUAAAAACUUUGGCGCAAAGUGGAUGCGUAUAUAUAGAAAAGGACUACACCAUGACGAUAUACAAGAAAAAUCAGCUGAUCAAACAACGGAGCAAAUGGGGGGGUGCAAUAAAACGGUAGCUAGCGAUUUUUCAAGCAAUUUAAAAAAUAAAAAAGAAUCAAUUAAUCAUACACUAGGAAUAGGGACAAAACUUUAUUCAGCACCUGAACAAUUAGAAGGAAAUAAAUAUACCAAAUCGGUAGAUAUUUUCUCUUUAGGUUUAAUUAUAAUUGAUUUAUUUAUUAAAACGGAAACAAAUAUGGAAAGAACACAAAUAUUAUGUAAUGCCAGGGAAAGAAUUUUACCUGACUUGUUAAUAAAAAAACAUCCAAAUGUAGCUAGUUUAUGUAAAAAAAUGUUAUCGCUAGAUUACAAAUCUAGACCAACUUCGGCACAAUUAUACAACAAAAUAAUAUCGGCUGGUGACAUAUUUUUACCGGAUAAAUGUCCCUAG